UGUCGUCAGCGGAACUGGUGUUCGCAGCCAGAGCGGGAAAGACGCUGUUGCUGGUGAUGCGUUUGUAAUACAGAAUACAGCUGAAAGUGAGGCAGGAGGUUGUCAGAAUUAUUUUCACAGGGAGACCGUGGAUCUUAAUAACACCGACUGUGUGAUCUUCAGGAGGAAUCAUGCAGGCCUUUUUGAAAGGAGCAACUGUUCAGGCAACCAGACCUCAGAAAGACAAGGCGGCAGCAGGACCCAGCACAGAGAAGAAAGCCAAGGCGAUACCUUGGGUGGAAAAAUACAGGCCAAAAUGUGUCGAUGAGGUGGCUUUUCAGGAAGAGGUUGUAGCAGUGCUGAAGAAAUCUCUGGAAGGAGCAGAUCUUCCAAACUUGCUCUUCUAUGGGCCUCCUGGAACAGGAAAGACUUCCACCAUCUUAGCUGCUGCCAGAGAACUUUAUGGUCCAGAGCUGUACAGACAGAGGGUGCUGGAGCUGAACGCCUCAGAUGAACGAGGCAUCCAGGUCAUCAGAGAGAAGGUCAAGAACUUUGCUCAGCUCACUGUAGCUGGGACUCGGACAGAUGGGAAGCUGUGUCCUCCUUUUAAGAUCAUCAUCCUCGAUGAAGCAGACUCCAUGACGGCACCGGCUCAGGCUGCUCUCAGACGAACCAUGGAGAAGGAGUCUCGCACCACCCGCUUCUGUCUCAUCUGUAACUAUAUCAGCAGGAUUAUUGAGCCUCUGACUUCCAGAUGUUCCAAGUUCCGCUUCAAACCUCUAGCCAACCAGAUCCAAGAAGAGCGUCUGCUGGAGAUCUGCAAAAAGGAGAACCUCAAGUACACUAAAGAGAGUAUAACAGCAUUGGUGCAGGUGUCCGAGGGAGACCUACGGAAAGCAAUCACAUUUCUCCAGAGCGCUGCACGCCUCAACGUCGACAAGGAAAUCACUGACCGCGCUAUCGUUGAAAUAGCUGGGGUCGUUCCUGUCAAGAUGAUUGACAACUUGCUGCAGAUCUGUUUCAGAGGAACAUUUGAGAAACUAGAAGUAGCAGUCAAGGACAUCGUGGAUGAAGGCUACUCAGCCACACAGAUCCUAAGUCAGCUGCAUGACUCCAUCAUAGAGCAGGACCUGAAUGACAAGCAGAAGUCAGCCAUCACAGAGAAAAUGGCAGUUGUGAGUAAGUGCCUGUCAGACGGCGCAGACGAGUACCUGCAGAUGUUGAGUCUGUGUUCAGUCAUCAUGCAGCAGGCCUCUGAGAACUGAAACUCCACAAAGCAACAUCUCCUUCAUAAAAGAUCACUGUCAUCUGUUUCCAUCAGGACCAGCAGCCUUACAGAGACAUGAGCACCUCACUCUGAUGUGAGUCGGUUCAGAGUUGUAGUUUAGCAUUCCCAGCUGUGGAUACUAGAUUAUGAUGUUUACCUUUCACAAAUCGCCACAAUUCACUUGAGGAGCACUUCAAUAUAUUACUGAUCGACAUAUUGUACACUUUUUGAGUUUUGGAAAGUAAUAAAUAGUCUUUUUGUAUCUUUUCA